UUUGUUUGGAGCAAAAUAAAAAAUCCAAAUCUUGUAGGUGUUGAAUUUUGUGUGUAGACAUCGAAGUCUUUGGUUUUGAGGGAAGAAGAAGAAGGUGUGUUUCAAUGGACAAUAAUGUGUUAGGUAUUCUCAAACUUCGAAUCAUAAAAGGCAUUAAUCUUGCAAUUCGUGAUACACGUGCCAGUGAUCCUUAUGUCGUCGUCAGAAUGGGUGAUCAGAAGCUGAAGACUCGUGUUAUAAAAAACAACUGCAAUCCUACGUGGAAUGAAGAACUGACCCUUUUCGUAAAGGAUGUUAAUAUUCCAUUACAUCUGACAGUUUAUGAUAAAGACACUUUCACUGUGGAUGACAAAAUGGGUGAGGCAGAGGUAGACUUUAUACCCUUUCUUAGGUGUAAGAAGAUGGAAUUGAAAAACCUUCCAAAUGGUUGUGCAGUGAAAAGGAUCCAACCAAAUAGAAGUAAUUACCUUGCUGAAGAGAGCAGUUGUGUUUGGAAUGAUGGUGAUAUUGUCCAACAAAUGAUUUUGAGAUUGAAAAAUGUUGAGAAGGGGGAAGUGGUUGUGCAAAUUCAGUGGGUUGAUGUUGUUGGUUUUAGGGGAUUAUCGCAUAUAAAACUUUGAACAUGUUUUUGUAUGUGAAACAUUGAACCCUAAGAUAGCAACUUCAAAGAUGAAUGGAGUAUUAAUUUAAUUUAUUGUGAUGUAACCUUUGUCAUUCUAUUGUUGAAUUUUUAAUCCUAUUGAGGUCAUAAACUUGUAGCAA